ACACAUAUCUAGAACUAUUCUUUAAGGAUGUCUGCAUUUCACACAACUGUCUAAUAGGAUAAAAUAAUUGACAUUGUAUACCCAAAGGUCAAGUCUGGAUAAACGUGUAUAUGAUCUCCAACUUGAAUGCAAAGCCAAGGCAUAUAAUUGUGUGGUGUGUCAACUCUAAUUUGUUUCCUCUCUGUGCAGGGGGAUGACUGAAGCUAUCACCUUGCUAAUCCUUGCUGUCCCAACUGGCCUCAUUGAGCUGCAGGAGUUUGUGGAAGCACUUCCGUGCAGUUUCUCUCUGUCCCUUCCUGCUGACCUUUCCAGCGUACAUGGCUUAUAUGAUCUGCCAGUUCUUCCACAUGGACUUCUGGCUUCUCAUCAUCAUCUCCUCCUCAAUCCUCACCUCUCUCCAGGUGCUUGGCACUCUGUUGAUCUGUUGUUCUCUUCAUGGUGGAGGAGUUUCGUAAAGCUCCAGUGGAGAACGUGGAUGAAGUCAUAUAUUGUGUAAAUGGGACCUACAGAUGCUGGAGUUUCUGGUUGCGGUGUGCGUGGUGUGCUAUGGUGUAUCAGAGACUGUAUUUGGCGAGUGGAGUGUGAUGGGAAGCACCAUCAUCUUGGUCCACUCGUACUAUAACGUCUGGCUCAGAGCCCAGCUGGGCUGGCAGAGCUUCCUGCUCAGGAGAGAUGCUGUAAACAAGACAAAAAGCCUCCCCACAGCUAGCAAUACACAGCUGGAGCAGUAUAAUGACAUCUGUGCUAUCUGCUUCCAGGACAUGACCAGUGCUGUGAUCACUCCGUGCAGUCAUUUCUUCCACGCUGGCUGUCUGAUGCCCUCUCUGUCAUUCACAACUCAAGAGCCAAUCACCAACUAACGGUGGAGCUACCCAAGAUACACCUGCAGCCAAUCACAUCGUCAAACCUCCAUUAUCAUCUUCCUCUUGUUCUUCUUCUCCUCUUGCAACUGAUUCUGUGCUGCACCAGUCCCCUGCAGAUCACCCUUCUGCAUCUUCUUUCUCUACCUCUUACACAUCAGACACACCCGACGCUCCUGCAUCUCUCUGCCAUUCUGUCUCCACCUUUCACCAACCAACUUCACAGGUACUGACCUAAGCAGAGGCGAACCCUGCUAAACCCGAAUCCCCCCCUCAGCUAAAAUCAGUCUCCCUUGUGGACAGCCAGGAAAACUCUACUGGUCCAUCAUCACAAUCGAACCCACCAACUCCCCAUUCAGUGGAACCUGUGUUUGGGUGUUAAUGGUAGCAGGUAUUUAGUAUUGCACACUGAUAUAUGUAAAGACUCCAGUGUGUGCAUAUGUGGUGUACAUUCACUGCUGUUGUGCAGUGUACAGUCUGACAGCAGCUGGAGGGAAAGGCCUCCAAAAUGUCCCCUUUGCACACUGUGGGUGCAGCAGCCUGUCACUGAAGGGACUGCUUAGUGUUGUCAGAGUGACCUGUAUGGGGUGGGAGCUGUUAUCUGACAGAGAAAACUACCUCCACUGGGUCAAGAGGGCAUCCCAGAACAGAGCUAGUUUUCUUGAUCAACCUGUUCAGUUUCUUCCUAUCCCCAGCAGACCACACCAUAAAACAUGGACAAUACCACCAAAGAGUCCUAGAAGGUCUUCAGGAGCGCUCCCUGCUCCCUUCCAAAUCCCUUCCAAAAGACUUCUCUGUUGCAAAUACAACCAUCUCUAUCCUUUUGUGUAGAUGGACUCUCUGUUGUUACUCCAGACCAGUUUAUUGGUCAGAUCACUUAUAUGAGUCAGCUAUCUUAAUGCCCAUUCUCUGGAUGUUCACUGGUGUAGGUGGAGUCCACUACCUGCUCCUUGUUUUUCCGAGUGUUGAUCUGGAAGUGGUUCUGCUGGCACCAGUUGGAAAAAGUCCUCAGUCAGUUCUCUGUAUUCCCUGUUGUCCUGUUGUCAGUAAAGUACACAGUGAGGAGAUGCUCUCAUUGCCCACUCAUUAUUUUAAAAUAGAGAUAGCCUAUAUAGUUCAUACAUAUGAGAGACUGUUAUGAGCAAAUUGGGAGAAAGCGUUAAAUGAGCUGUGAGCCACUGCUGGCACUGUCAUCACAUUGGAGGGUCACUUUAGUGUUCAAGUAGUAUAAAAACAAACAAGAAAAAACCCACAAAUAUUUCAAAAAAUGUAGUGUUUUGUUUUUUUGUCACUGAAUAGUGUUGGAAUAAAGUGUGAAAAUUGU